AUGUGCGUUAAUCGCCGUAAUCGGUCAGCUUUGUUGUCCUGCCUGUUACUUUUCCUGUGUUUAGAAAUAGCCGUCUGCCAGACAGCAGUGUGCAAUAACUGUUGCAAUGAUCACCAGAACAUCAGUGAACCCCGUCGCAGUACGAAGAGCGUUUUGCGGAGUGGACAAAUUGUGUUGUGCGACAUGAAUAUUAGAUAUGGUUGGUAUCGCUUUACAAGUUUUGGUGGCGCUAAAAUGCCAGAAAGCGUUGUACAAGAAGGUCAUUGUGGUACUCAUGAUCCAAUAUGGUUAAAUGGAAAACAUCCCACUGAGGGAGAAGGAAAUGUGGCUCGCACGGUCUGCAUCAAUAGCUUUGGCCUGGAUAACGGAUGCUAUGACCAUUUCGAUAUAAACGUCAAAAACUGUGGAGGUUAUUAUGUAUACUACCUUAAGCCUCUCUACUACUGUGCAGCCGCGUAUUGCGCUGGUAAGAAAGCAUUUUGCACAUCUUUUGGGACAUGUAUUAAUUCACAAGAUCUUACUAAUAAUUAAUUUUUAUCAUGCAGGAUUCAAGGAGCCAUGCCCAUACGGAAAGGAGGGCGAGCCCCCUCAUUGCUACGGUGAGUUGCCAUGCAACUUUGUAGGUACUGAUCUCAAUUGC